AUGACAUCCUCAACUGUCAUCAGAUGUCUGGACACCAUCUUCUCGGUUUGUAGUAUGGCGAGUUUUGUUCACUCUGAUCGAGGAUGUACAUUUUUGUCUAGUGAAUUGAAAACUCAUCUCGCUAGUCGUGGAGUGGCGUCCAGCAAAACUACACCUUACCACCCAACAGGAAACAGUCAAAUAGAACGGUACAAUGGCAUAAUCUGGAAGUCCAUUUGCGUAGCUGCCAAAUCUCGAGAUGUUCCAGAUACUGAAUGGGAGGCCCUUCUACCUGAAGUACUUCACUCCAUUACAUCAUUGCUCUCAACAGCCAUCAACGCGACUCCACAUGAGAGGUUUUUCAAUUUUCCGGGACGAUCUUGUGAGGGUACAUCCCUGCCAACAUGA